AUGAAAGGAAAGAUUAAUGGUGUACAAAAAAGGACUUUAAAUCUUAAUCCUUUAGCAUUAUAUGUUCCUUGCGGCAACCAUAGCUUAAAUUUGGUAAUAAGUGACUCUGCACGGUCUUCAGUAAAAUCUAUAGCUUUUUUCGGUAUUCUUCAGAGAUUGUUUACUCUAUUCUCAGCUUCAGUGAGCCGAUGGAAAAUUUUAAUUGAUCAUGUUAAAAUUUUGCAUUUAAAGAAACUCUGUGACACGCGGUGGGAAGCAAAAAUAAGUAGUGUUAAAGUCGUUUGUUAUCAAGUUGGUGAUGUACAUGACGCUUUGAUAGCAUUGUCAGAAAUUGAAGGAUGUAAUCCUGAAACUGCACAUGAAGCGAUAACUCUAGGAGAGCAAUUAAAAGAUUUUAGCUUUUUUUUCUCUUUAAUUGUCUGGUAUGACGUUCUUUUUCAAGUCAAUAUUGUUAGUAAAACUCUUCAAGAAAAAGACAUGGACAUCACUCAAUGUGCAAAGUUAUUGAAAAGCUGUUGUUCAUUUUUAGAAAACUAUAGAAAAUGUGGUUUUAAAGAUGCAAUUAUAAAAGCAAAUGAUUUGGCUAUAGAAUUACAAGUGGAGCCUGUUUUUAAACCACUUAAAAGAAUAAUACGAGUGAAACGCCAUUUUGACGAACCAGCCCAAGAUGGGAUUUAUUUAUUUUCUCCUGAAAAAAAAUUAGAAAUCGAUUUCUUCAAUCCUCUUUUAGACACAUCUUUAAUUUCAAUGAGAGAAAGAUUUAUACAGUUGGAGAAUUAUUCCGAAGUUUGGGUUUUUUGUAUAAUGUCGAUAGUUUGCAAAAAAGAGAAGAAAUUCUAA